GGGGCUGGGGAGGGGAGGGGAAGGUGGGGGACCAGAGUAAAAAGGAGAGAAGGAGCAAAAAAGAAAAAAGAAGAAGAAGAUUGGGGUAGAAGUUUUUUUUAAAAACAAAACAAAACUGCGCCCCCCACCCUCCCAAUUUGGCAAACUUUAAAGAAAACUUUGGGGAGCCUAAAAGAUCCUUCGGGAAAAAAAAGGGGGGGGGAAUAGUUUUUUUCCCCUUCAAGAUCUAUAUAUUUAAAAAAAAAAAAAUAGGGGUCCCGUUUCCCUUCCACCGUCCCCAGCCCCGUUUUUUUUUUUUGCGUAAGGAUGAAACUGUUUCUCUUCUGCUGCUUCCUCGUCCUGCGAGCGGAGUCCCGCAGCUACCCAGCCAUCAUAGCUCCCCAAGACGCCACUCUCCACAUUGGGGCUUCAUUCACGGCCAACUGUUCCGUCACGUCCAAUUCAGGCCUGAAGGCCGAGGACCUUUAUUGGACCCUGAAUGGCCGAAAGCUCCCAGCCGAGACCUACAGGGUUCUGGGGGCCACCACGCUCAGCGUCACCCUCACCCAGCUGAAUGGAUCGCGGCAGCAAUCAGGGGAUAACCUGGUGUGCCACAGCAAGGACGGCGGAAACAUCUUGGCUGGGUCGUGUCUCUAUGUAGGACUGCCUCCUGAAAAGCCGACCAACAUUUCUUGCUGGUCUAAGAAUUUGAAAGACCUCACCUGCAGAUGGGUACCUGGGUCAGAAGGCGAGACACACCUGCAUACCAAUUAUUCCCUGAAAUAUAAGCUGAGAUGGUAUGGUCGGGACAAUAUCUGCCAAGAAUACCACACCGCCGGCCCAUAUUCCUGCCACAUUCCCAAGGAUUUAGCCCUGUUUACGCCUUACGAAAUUUGGGUAGAAGCAUCCAACCGACUUGGAAUGGCUGUAUCUGAUGUGGUGAUGUUGGACAUUGUCGAUGUUGUCACAACCGAUCCACCCUCGGAUGUCCACGUGAGCCGAGUGGGAGACCUGGAGGACCAGCUCAGCGUGAGGUGGAGUGCGCCUCCCGCUCUUAAGGAUUUUCUCUUCCAAGCCAAAUAUCAGAUCCAGUACCGGGUUGAGGACAGUUCAGAAUGGAAGGUUGUCGACAAUGUUAGCAACCAGACAUCAUGCCGGCUGGCAGGCCUAAGGCCCGGGACGGUGUAUUUCGUCCAAGUCCGCUGCAAUCCGGUCGGUAUCUAUGGUUCAAAGAAAGCCGGCAUUUGGAGUGAUUGGAGCAACCCAACGGCGGCCUCCACGCCUCGGAAUGGACGGACUCCGGGAGUUUGCGAACCCAAGAACGGAGAACAUAACAACACGCUACGCCGAGAACUCAAGCAGUUCUUCGGAUGGAUGCGCAAACAUGGGACUUGUGCCAAUUUGAGCAUCAAAAUGUACGAUCAGUGGCGGGUGGCACUGCAGAAGUCCCACAAAACACGCAACCAGGUCCUGUCCAGUGACAAAUUGUAGCUUUGAUGGAUGGUGGAACCAGGACUUUAGCUUAAGCCCCAACCCGGUUGCUGGAUUCAGGCCUGCCAACGAUGCACACAAAGGAACUCCAGAGCAGCCAUAGUCCAGGUGCCUCGAGCGGCAUUGCCAAGGUGGUUUCAACCACCACUAACGCUUUUUCUGCAAGCUAGCUAGAAGCUGGGCAGAAGUCGGGAACCAGCGCCUCUUCCCCCAACUCUAAACCAGCUUCUCACAUACGAUGUUUUUCAGCUGAGUUGAACUUUCGAGUUUCUAAUUAGUAUAUAAAGGACUUCUCAUUUAGUUGAAGAAGUUGCAAGGGGGAAAGAGCUCUUCGCGCCAGCUUUUUUUUUUUUUUUUAACAGUGCCAAGAUUUUUUAAAAAUCUGAAAUCUAUCCACCUCUCCUCUUAAGCAUAAAUCAUAAAGAGGUUUCGUUGCUUCAGGAUAGUCGUUUUCUUCUCAUACUCCUCCAUUAUGAAAUUGGAAUCGGCAGCCAGUUGAAAAGCGGAAACGGCUAAAGGACCGAGCUGGGUAAUCAGGAAAAAAGAAACAGGUUUACAUUUAACCUCCAAAUUGGUUGUGAAAUUUCAUAGAUUUUUUUAUUCUUUUUUUUUUUGUAUGUGCUCUGUUGUUAAAAUUAUCAAGUGUUCAAUAUCUGUUUUAUAUCCGAAGCUGUGAUUUAGGCUGUUCUUUUUUUCCUCUCUGCAAAUCUGGGUGGUUUUGUACCCAGAGCUGAACCCAUCUUUUGAACUGAUGUCCACCUGCCUCUCCUUUUAACUGGGCUAAACCAGCAUCUUUGUUUCGUGAUGCGGUGGCUUAGAGGUGGAGCUCUAGCUUCACAAUCAGGAGGCCGUGAGUUCGAUGCUAGGUAGAGGCAGAUAUUUCUGUCUGGGCACGGUGAGAAUAAUUCCGCAUUGGCGACAGGAAGGGCAUCCGGCCAGUAAGCCCUCAGCUGCAUUCAGUUGCCCAGACUCCACUCCGGAAGGGAUUAUGGGGGUUGUUAAAAGAUGAAACCAGCAUCUUUGUUUCCAACAGCAUUAAAGGCAAAACAUUGGGGGCAAAGACCACGA